AUGAGAUUAUUGGCACUAGAAUUGCUUGUAUUGACAAAAGCACAAGGACCUCCUACAGAUAAAAAACCACCAGUCUGGUGUCGCCAAUGUAUGGAUCCACUGACGAAGUACGCCGAAUAUAAAGAAAUCAGCUGCGACAGAUCGAGUUGCUCCACUACUACUGAUAGAACAAAUUGCAACGCUGUCAGCCUUUGCGAUGAGGGAGAAGUGUGCUUGGCGAGCUUUGACUUGCAGCCUGGAGAUUACAAGACCUUUGAGGAUUAUGGGUUCAUGAAUGGAACGCUGACGACGAUGAGGAUAAAGGCGAAGUUUAGAUGUGAGAAAUCUGCUGAUAUCAAAAAGCUAUUUCCCCUAUUCAAUCCAGAAGUUGAGCGAGUUUGUCGCGUGAAUCCAGAGGAAUGGGUUCAUUUUACGCCAAAUGGGACGAUGUCUUACAAAUUUGCUUGUGCAUGCGCAGACUCAUCAUGGGAUCACCAAAAUGCUUGCAAUGCUCAACCGAUUUUCGUUGAAGACCUGCAGAGUCUCGCAAGAAAGUAUUUGAAAGAUCCCGAGUCAGAGAAUAUCGGAAGAGAAGAACUGAUGGUCAUGAUCGUCAUCGCACUUGGAUGCGGAUUUGUUUUCAUCACUUUAGCCUUGAUCAUCGUUACGAUGGUGAAACGAGGUCGAUCUAAUGAUGAUGAGUUUGAAAGCUCGAUCAAUCAAAUCAAAGAGGAUCCCCAGAUAGACUCAGAAUUGAUAAACGAGAGCUCUCCACUAGCAGCUCCACUUGCUGGAGAAGCUGAUCUGACGGUUACAAAUACUGAAGACGAAAAGAGCUAG